UAUGAACCAACCCGUACACCUUCCAUCAACAACACGCGCAUGGUUUUGUUCGGGAAUCAGCACGUUCAAAACAAACCUUUUUGCACCGUUUCGCUACAGCCAGCAUCCAAAGUCCCUGAAAUCCUUACAGAAAAAAAUGGGAAAGAUCAACAAAAAGCUCCCGAAACCCAAACUCAACGCGAAACCGUCCGAUGAUAGCGGCAAAGUGAAGGGCCCGUUUCCCAUCUACCGAUCGACGCCGGUCCAGCUAAAUGGUCCCGAACCAACGAGCUUCAAGAUAGUGGAAACCAAACCGAAACAAAAGCAUGGCAAUGCUCCGAAACGUACGCCGGCAGAAAAAUCGGCAACCAAACCAUCGGCCACCACACCUCCCGCAGCACAAGAGCUUGAAGACGAAGAAGGAGUGAAAACGAAAAAGCUACGCAAGCUGGCCAUUUCCCGCCUGUCCAAGAAGGAGAAGAAACAGUUCCGCAAGGAAGAGAUGCUCAAGAAGGUGCAACUUACCAAGCAAGCGUUCAAGCAGGACAAGGAAAGAAAGAAGCGAGAGCAAACGGCCGUCACCGGCGACAUGAGACCGCUGCUGGAUGCGCUACCGUCGCUCGACUCACUGUUCGAGGUGAAGACGGCGGCGACGGUGAUGAAAACGGGCGUCCCCAAGUACGACCGGAAGGCGGAACCGAAAACGAAGAAGGAGCGCCGUACCCAGCGCAUGAAGCAGCGCAAGAAGGAGUUCCUGAAGCGGUGCAGCACCAUCAAACGGGUACUGAACGAUACGACGUUUAAGAAGGAUCCCAAGAAGAUGAUUGCCGAUCACAUCAGGAAUACGCGCCGCGAGCAAAUGGAGCUGCUGAUGAAAGGUGCAUCGUGAUCGGGUGGGAAUGGGGAGGGUUACAUUAAACAAUUUGUUAAGGCUGAAAUAUAGGAACACGUGCGAUAAAUAA